AUGCCAUCCCUACCAAAGCAUUCGAUGCUGGAAAGUGUCAAAAAGGAGGCACGAAAGAGACUCCGCAUUGCCAAGAAUCUCCGAAAUCACACACGAUACUUGUGGCCCAUCGGCGCCAUUGUGGUCAUUCUGGGAAUUCUCAAUUACGGGGUCGCCAGUGCCGUCUUUCGAAUCACGGACAAUGGCGAAAACAAUAAAGACAAAGACAUGUUAUCGCGGGCGUUGCUGGUCAAACAACAAGUCGAUUGCUCGGAAAGAAAAGAAAUGCCACCCAAACCACCGGCGGACGAGGAGGAUGACGAGGAUCCCGAUGAAAAACCCAUGCAGUAUUUUGUGGAACUCUCCCAGAUCGAAGGACACGACAAGGAGAGGAUCCUCUCCUUACUUUCCAACAAUGCCAGAAUUGAGUAUCUUUCCGAAGAAACGUACCAUCAGUUGCCGUCGUGGGGCAAUAUUACGUCCAUGUACGGAGUAGAACCACGCUUGAUGAACCACGAUCAAUGCGAGGCAUUCAAUCAAGGCACCGAAGAAGAAUUGGCCCGAAAGUUCUUGGCCGUGGCGGGCAUGUUCAAUACCGGAACCAAUCUACUAGAAGACACGUUGAGAGACAAUUGCGUCUUGCCAAAAAAGCAAAAACGAUUUGGAAGGAAAAAGACUGGCAUGAGAGCCCAGGUGCCGUAUGGCAAGCACACACCACCCAAGGAUGCCAAGUAUCGAAAAACACACCCAGUGCCAGGACAAAAAGAUGCCAAACCAGAAAAUGUCAUGCCGGCCAUUAUGGUCCGGGAUCCCUUCCGGUGGCUGCAGAGCAUGUGUGUGAAUUACUAUACCAGUCGGUGGCCUCGACCCUUUCGACCCACCGAUCACCGAUAUCAUUGUCCCAACUUGUACCCAACAGACGAUGAAAAGAAAAGGCUGCUCGACAAGGGAUAUAAACCCAUGAUGGAUGGAGACGCCCUUGUGAAGGAAAAGAAUCAAGCCAGUCACUUUGAAGGCAUUUUCAUGGACAAGGAAAUAAAGAAAAAGGGAGAAUUGCCCAGCCCACCCAAGGGAACAACGCCUCCUCCAGAGGAUCUCGUUGCCAGGGAGCCAACAAACUUUCUCAGUGCGGCAGAGCUUCAGCUUCAUCACUUUCCAACUCAUGUGGUCUAUGCCAACUUUACCCGAUAUCACUAUUCACUGGUCCAUUUGUUCAAUGAAUGGUACAGGGAGUAUUUUGAGUUGCGGGACUAUCCUCACGUCUUCUUGCGAUUUGAAGACCUCAUCUAUUUUCCAGAUAAGGUGGUCGCCCAUGUUUGUGAAUGUGCGGGGGGGAAAUUGAGGCUGGGAAAACUCUUUCCUGUCCGAAUGGCAACGGAAUCACAAAAACAACACCACAAGAGCCGUGUUGUGGGUGAGGACAAGAUGAAACAUACGGGAUACCUGGAUGCCAUUAUCAAAUAUGGGAAACCUGGUACUCGAUUUCGAGGAAUGACCCCACAUGACCUACAAUACGCCAACCGAUACUUGGACAAGGAACUCAUGGACCUGUUUGGGUACAGUCUGGCACCUCUGACAGGAUCCAUGGAAUCCAAGUCCUGGCUAGCUAGAGCUGGCCAACAAACUACGUAUCUGGGUGUCUACCUGUCGAGCCAGGAAAGCUAG